UAUUUCUUUUAGCAGCCGUUAGCCGCCGUGCUAGCUAACGCGCCGUUGGCAACCGUCCAAACGGUCAUUUACAUCAGCUCAGAUUUGACAGGAAUAAAAACGGACGCGUUUAGUGCAGCUUUGCCUAUUGAAUUACAAAACAAAAAUCAGCGUAAAUCAGAGAUUUAAAUUAUAUUUGGAUAUGCACCGUGUGGCUGCAGGACCCAAUAUAGUAUCGCUUUAAAUACCAUCGAUUUAAGGGCUUUUUUUCUUUACGACCACAACGAGCUCAAAGUUCAGGUCUGAGCUGUGCGUAGUUUACCAACCCCCUCCUCAGGUUUGCAGAGGGUCCCCUCGGGAUGGGGCCCGUCUUGUUGGUCUGGCUGGCCGUGUGCCUCGGCGGGACCUGGGCUGUGGACAAGGGCAACUUCAAGACCUGCGAGCAAAGCGCUUUCUGCAAGCGUCAGCGAGCAAUUAAGCCUGGUGAGUCCCCUUAUCGGGCCCUGCUGGAAACCAUGGAGCUGACCAACACCAGACUCACCCUACAGCUCAUCAAUGACAACAACAAGGUGCGUCUUCUGCUCGAGCUCUACCGUCUCCAGGGAAACAUAACGAGGGUGAAGAUUAACGAGCUGAAGCCGCUGAAGCCCCGCUACGAAGUCCCAGACGUGCUCAUCAGGGAGCCGCCCACCGAGCCUCUGUCUCUCCUGUCCCAGGAUGAGAACGGCGUGGUGCUGUCCCUGGGGCCGGAGUCCCAGCGGGUCAUCGUCAGCGCCCGGCCCUUCAGGCUGGACAUCGUGGAGGGACGCGACGUUCUGAUGUCCCUGAACUCGCGCGGUCUGCUCGGUUUCGAGCACCUGAGGAUGCGCAAGGACACUUUCUCCUAUAAAGUAACUAGCACAGUGGCUAGCGUGUGGAAUAAUAUCAAGAGGGUAUUCUCUAGCAGUCAGGCAGAACCUGAGACAGACAACAAGGAGGGAGCAGAUCCGGCAAACCAGGACGAGAACACAAAAGAAGAGGAAGAGAAAGUGGAAGACGGGAUGUGGGAGGAGACGUUUAAGUCGCACACGGACAGCAAACCGAACGGUCCAUCUGCCGUCAGUUUAGACUUCUCUUUGCCAGGCGUGGAGCACGUCUACGGCAUCCCGGAGCACGCAGACACCCUCAAACUGAAAACCACAGAUAGCGGGGAUCCGUACCGGCUUUAUAACCUGGAUGUGUUCCAGUAUGAACUGUAUAACCCCAUGGCCCUGUAUGGGGCUGUCCCAGUGAUGUUGGCGCACAACGCUCAGCGCACUACAGGCAUCUUCUGGCUCAACGCUGCAGAAACCUGGGUGGAUAUAAGUUCAAACACUGCAGGAAAGACCGUGUUUGGGAAAAUGCUGGAUUACGUUCAGGGCUCCAGUGAGACGCCACAGACGGACGUCCGUUGGAUCUCAGAAAGUGGGAUCAUAGAUGUCUUCCUCAUGCUGGGACCAACUCCCAGAGAGGUCUUUUCUCAGUACGCCUCUCUAACAGGCACUCAGGCCUUCCCUCCUUUGGCCUCACUGGGCUACCACCAGUGCCGCUGGAACUACAACGACCAGGAAGACGUGCGUUCGGUGGACGCCGGCUUCGACGAGCACGACAUCCCCUACGACUUCAUUUGGCUCGAUAUCGAGCACACGGACGGGAAGCGCUACUUCACCUGGGAUCCUCACAAGUUCGCAUCACCAAAGGAAAUGCUCCAGGGUCUCAUGGACAAGAAACGCAAGAUGGUAGCGAUUGUGGACCCUCACAUCAAAAUAGACACCAACUAUAAGAUCCACAAUGAGAUCAGCUCCCGAGGUUUCUAUGUGAAGAACAAAGAUGGCGGCGACUACGAAGGCUGGUGCUGGCCUGGUAGUGCUGGAUAUCCAGACUUCACCCGUCCUGACAUGAGGGCCUGGUGGGCCAGCCAGUUCGCUUACGAUCAGUACGAGGGCGCCAUGGAGAACCUGUACACGUGGAACGACAUGAACGAGCCGUCCGUGUUCAACGGGCCGGAGGUCACCAUGCACAAAGACGCGCUGCACGGAGCCUGGGAGCACCGCGACGUGCAUAACUUAUACGGCCUCUACGUGCACAUGGCCACAGCGCAAGGUCUGAUAGAGAGGUCUGGAGGAGUUGAGAGGCCGUUUGUCCUCACCAGGGCCUUCUUUGCUGGCUCCCAGCGCUACGGCGCAGUAUGGACUGGAGAUAACGCUGCUGAGUGGGACCAUCUAAAGAUCUCCAUCCCCAUGUGCCUGAGUCUGAGCCUGGUGGGAAUCUCUUUCUGUGGCGCUGACGUGGGCGGUUUCUUUAAGUCUCCGAGCACCGAGCUGCUGGUACGUUGGUACCAGACGGGAGCUUACCAGCCCUUCUUCAGGGCCCACGCCCACCUGGACACGCCCCGCCGUGAGCCCUGGCUGUUUGGCCCAGAAAACACGGCGCUGAUCCGUGAAGCCGUGCGCCAGCGCUACACAUUCUUGCCUUACUGGUACCAGCUGUUCUACCUCGCAUACCACACCGGAGAGCCCGUCAUGAGGCCGCUUUGGGUGGAGUAUCCUCAGGAUCCUGCUACUUUUGCUCUGGAUGACGAGUUCCUGCUUGGCCGGGACCUGUUGGUGCAUCCUGUAACCGAAGAGGGGGCCAGGGGAGUCACCGCUUACCUGCCCGGCAAGGACGAGGUCUGGUUCGACAUCCACACCUUCCAGAAGCACAACGGAGGCCAAAACCUUUACAUCCCUGUCACCAUGAGCUCUAUUCCCGUGUUCCAGCGCGGCGGCUCCAUCAUUCCCAGGAAGCUAAGAGUUCGCAGGUCGUCCACCUGCAUGGAGGAUGACCCGUACACUCUGUACGUGGCGCUCAACAAUCAGAGAACGGCCGAGGGAGAGCUGUACAUAGACGACGGCCACACUUUUAACUAUGAAAAGAAGGAGUUCAUCCACAGGAGGUUUUCCUUCUCCAACAACGUCCUCUCCUCUGUUAACCUUGAACCAGAAGCCCAGUUUACAACCAAGUCCUGGGUGGAACGCAUCAUCAUCCUGGGAGCCAGUAAUCCCAGCACCAUUACCCUGAGAACUGCUGAUGGCAUAAACCAGCUGGAGUUCGAUUUCGACGCCUCCAUGUCUGUGUUGACGAUCCGCAAACCCGGCAUGAACGCGGGGGCAGACUGGAGCGUGAGCCUGCAGUAACUCCAGAGACGGGCGUCUAAGAGAACGACUGAACUCGACUGAAACAAGAGGCAAUGGGCAGAGGAGGGAAUAGACAGAAUGCCCAAAUCCUCCAGACUAACCAGAGCAGGACAGCAGAGUGACUGCAGAAACCCUCCGAUCCAUCCACACUAACACAAUCUGUUUGUUCAUCUAAGACACUCACUCUGCCAUUUCCCUUUUGUGUUCAGUCGCACUGUAAGACCUGAUAACGAUUUAAAAAAAUUACGACUAGAUAGAGAAAUAGGUUUGUGAUGUUUCAGGGAAGAAACUAAGUGGGUCAAGCCGUGUCACUUUUACCAACCUUUGGGACUUUUAUUUUGCUGUUAAAUCUUCCUCUAGGUUCAGCACACAGUCUGCCUCAGCUAAGAAACACAUCAAUGAUUCAUGGCGUUUCUAAUGAAGGUUCAUAUUCUCAUCACACACUCCACCUGCUGCUGAUCACUUUCUGCAUUUAAAGAGAUCAAUAUCAUUCCUCUUUUUAGGCAAAAUCCUCCAAUCGGGUAAGCGCUCAGCCUUCUUUCCUGGUGCAAAUUUAAAUAUCGAAGGACGUCUUAUCAACAGCUUCUUUUAUGGCUCUAAUCUUUUCUCAUUGCUUUUGUUUUCCAUUGUUUCUGACUCCACAAAGACGACUUUUUAUUUAGCCGUCCUCAGCAACUCGUUUUCAUCCUGUUUGUAGAUUUUUCUCUAUCCUGAAUGGAAAUUCUUCUUCUCAGUUUUUCUAUGUUGUAAUUUUUCUUUUUCGCACAGAGGGGGGGGGGCUUUUAAACUGUAAAUCACCCCAGAAGAGUGAACCCACUCUAUCCGCUGGUGUGUUUUCUGUUUUGAGCCAUUUCCCCCUAUGUAGGCUGUUUUUAUUGCACUUAAACAAGGGUGAGCCUCUAAAAGGUAUUUAGAUUUUCACGUGUUUCCUAGGCAUUAGUUGAAAUCUUAAGGCGGGUUCUGAUAUUUAGAUCAACUAAAAUCAUUGAAAGCCGUUCGGCCUACAGAUGUCCACUGAAAGCCGUCUGCUCUAUAGAAACAUUUGUCCAAAAUGCACAUGGAUCUGGCAUCAAGUCAAGUCAUCUGACCUGCAAGUUUGUCUGGCUGCUUUUAAGAGCAUAAAUGUUUCCGCUGCGUCUUUUUUUUUUUUUUUUUUUUUUUCCAAUGGCUUGAAUUGGUGAAAACGGAAGUUAAGGAUUGCACUUGAGCUGUAAAAGGUUUUCUGAUUUACUUUUAACAGAUGAGACCAAGUGAAAAUAAAGUUGACCAAAUGUGAAAACUAA